AUGCCCGUGGUUACAUAUGAAGAUCUAAAACCUGACAUUGAUCUGCUCAUCGCUAAAGGUAAUAGUAUUUCAUCUACUCUCUGCAAAUCACCUAUUUCUCAGUUUUUCCGUAGCACUGGAACUUCAUCUGGAAUGAGUAAAUUAAUACCAUCAACAGAAGAACAAGCUGAGAAAUCACGACAAUUCUGCUCCCUCUUAAUUCCGGUCUUAAAUCAGCAUAUUCCUGGUUUAAACAAAGGAAAGGCGAUGCAGUUUAUUUUUGUAAGUCUAUGUACUGAAACACCAGGAGGAAUAAUAUCAUCUUUAGUAUCUACAAGCGUAGCCAAAACCUCCAGAAAUUUGUCUAGUAAUAUUAAUUACACCAGCCCAAUAGAAACCAUUUUAUGUGAGGAUACUCAUCAAAGUCUAUAUUCUCAAUUACUUUGUGGCCUCUAUCAAAACAAACAAGUUCUUCGCCUAGGAUUCGCUUUCGCUUCGGGUUUUAUGGUAGACGCUAAGUGUUUACAUCAACAUUGGACCCUUCUAUGUGAUGAUAUCCGACAUGGAACUAUAGCAGAAGACCACCCUAAAAUCACUGACCCAUCGGUGAGAAAAGCGGUCAUGAAAAUACUAGUCAAGACAAACCCCAAACUUGCUGAUUUCAUCGAGAAUGAGUGUAAGAGAGAUUCAUCAUGGGAAGGUAUAAACCUUGACCCUUUAACUAAGCCACCUGAAGUUUCUUACACCCUUAUCCCUACAUUGGCAUAUUUUGAGUUCUUGACGAUACUCGGGGAAGAUGAUAAUCAAAAUGACAACUUCAACCAGGAGAAAAAACAACAUCAUCCAGAACUGGUUGAUCUCGUCAAGGUUGAGCUUGGACGAGAAUAUGAGCUUGUUGUCACCAAUUAUGCAGGAAUUUAUCGGUAUAGAGUUGGAGACGUGCUACGAGUUGCUGGGUUCAAGAACAAUGCUCCUCAGUUCAAUUUCAUGCGGAGAAGAAAUGUAGUUCUAAGCAUUGAUAUGGACAAGACAAACGAAACUGAGUUUCAAAAUGCAGUUGACCAUCUUAUGAUUAUGUCUAAUGUCUCUCUUGUUGAAUACACUAGUUUUCCUGAUACAUCAACUUUUCCAGGACACUAUGUGCUCUAUUGGGAACUUCAGGGAAACAAUAACAAUGCCGUAAUUCCUCAGAAAGUGCUUGAGGAAUGUUGUCUGGUAAUGGAAGAAUUCCUCGGUUAUGAGUAUCGUUAUAUGCGCACUAACAAGAAAUUAAUUGGACCCUAG